AAGUAUAUCCACGUCGUGUCAGGUACAACUGUCUCCUGCUACGUCACGGAGUAGCCAUGUACCUGGGUUAUACCAUCGCAGAUGUGGUUCUGAUGUUGCAGCACAGAUCACUCUUGAGUGGCUUGUAUCUGGUGCACCAUUUCGUGGGGACGCUCUGUGGAAUCGCAGGAACGGUCUACACCUCAGUCCCGUGGAUCAUGUCGACUUUUCUGUACUACGAGGCAUCCAGUCCGUUUGUACAUCUCAGGGUCGUACUACUCAACUUGGGUGAGAAGAACAGUCGACUGUGCACAGCUAACGGGCUGGUACUGAUGACUGUGUUCUUCCUAUGCCGUGUAGCCAUCAUCCCAGCAUACUGGCGAACCGUCUACAUGUUGUACAUCGAUGGUUCAUUUCCAGAGAUUGACGGCUUGGUUUAUUACCUCAUGCUGUAUGGAAGAGUGUUUUUUGACAUGCUGAACCUCUAUUGGUUCUCUCUCAUGGUGAGGACCUUCUUGGCAAAGUUCGUAUGGCCGAAAGGUGCGACUAAGAUAAGCGACUGAGCCCUCAAUCAGAUGUGCCAUCUUAUUUUUGUCCAUUUAAAGACAUACAUACAUUCAUACAUUGUAUUCCAAUUACAGUGAAACACUCAAAAUACAAUCAUUAGAAUACAAUCA